UCUGGGCGAGAUUGGCGACGCCAGGACUGCACAUAUUACUUGUAUAAUAAGAAACGCUGCUGCGCUGGUACACCAUAUUAUACUUUGCCAACUAACAAAAGAAGACCACACAGUGGGUCACCCAUAAAAACAUCAAAGAAACCACAAAGUGCAUCAUUUCGUUCAAAAUAUACUAAAUAUACUGUAACUAACUGUAAUGAGCCGAACAGUAGGCGUGUUUUGCAUAAGAACUUAAAAGUACACAGCAUUUUCUGUCCACACAGUUUUCCUACACACAUUUUGAAUACAUUUUCACGCCUAGUUAGUACACAUAUUCACAAAUCCCUGGCCAGUCAAAUGGAGGAGGCACCAGAGGCCAAGCGAGUUCAGCUGCUGGACUUGCCGACUGAGGUGUUGCAGAUGGUCAUGGGCCAUUUGGACUUAUACCGCCAUAAGUUGCUGCGGGAAGCUUCGCAGGAACUGAAACGGAUCAGCACCUCGUACAUAUUGCAUCGCCACAGGAGCUAUGAGGCGACGCAUCGGGAAGGACCCUCGGAGAGGGCCAGCGAUCGCGCGGAAAGGAUAAUGCUGCAGAUCCUGCGCUCAACCAUCAGUUACUUCUCCGACGCAGAUAGUGAGUCGGACCUGGCCAUCAGUCUGCUGCACUUCCACGAUAGCGAGGCCGUUUUUAAUAGCGAAGCCGAUCAUCUGGGCCAGUUCCUGGCCCACUUCCUCUUCCUCACGGAGCAAUCCUUCAACAUAUUCAGUGCCGAGCGCCUAAAGCUGAAGCGCCUCCAUUACACAAUGGCUGUCUUCGGGCUCCUGCGGCAAUUUCGAAACUUUAGGAUCCUGGGAUUUGGCAGAACUCUCCUGCACUGGAACGUGGAGGCUGAGUUGACCAACACCUUCAUCGGAGUUAUUGACGAGGAAAAUGAAAGCAUGAGAACAAUGGAUUCCCAGCGACGCAUCUACUUCGUCUCCAUUCUCGCCGAGCUGCUCUUUCACGAGAAGAUCCACCAGAACUAUGGUGGCCAGCGGGGCUACAAUGGGACUUUGUACACCUACAGCAUUCAGCCAGACUCAAAAGCUAAACGCAAUCCUCGGAUGUUUCUGAAGUUUAUGGUAGAGGGUCCGCAGUUCCUAAGUGACUUUCUGCACGACCUAAUCAGCGGGGAGGACGAUCCCCACCAGCCGUUCCACUUGCCACCGGGAACCGACUUUACCAUUCGAGUUGAGACCAGGUGCCUGCGGGGCCCCCAGUUUGUAUAUUUUGGAAACCUGAACUUCAACUUGUUGGGAUGGAGUGAACUAGGUGACUGAGACGUCUUAACGAAGAUGAUCAGCGUAUUAAAUGAUCCGUGCAUCUGUUUGUAUGUUAUUUGGAGAAAUUAUACAGUUUCAAAUUCCGUCCGAGAGUGCAAAUUGAUCAAAUAAUAUGUGUGCAUAACAAGA